AUAACAGAUCUAAAAUUAAAGAGGGCGGAGCCAAUAAAAGUGGAAUGCCCGAUGCCGUUUUCCUCGCGGCAGGUUCUUCUCCUCGUGUGCACCUCUCUCCGCUCCGAGUUCAGUCGCCCUCGCGCCCCUCCUUCUUAAUUGCAAGAUCUGGUGACGAUUGAUUUCCCUAGUUUGGAAUCUAAUGCGAUCACAAUGAGCGAGGUAUUUGAUGGUUACGAGCGCCAGUACAGUGAGAUCUCCGCAUCUCUCUCACGGAAAUGUACAUCAGCUGCACUUCUCGAUGGAGAGAAAAAGAAGCAGAAGGUAUCUGAUAAAUCUGGCCUGGAAGAUGCGGAGAAUCUAAUUCGAAAAAUGAAUCUCGAAGCCAGAAGCUUGGCUGAGCUAAAGGCCAGAUUGCUGGCAAAGUUGAGGGAAUACAAGUCGGACAUUCACAACUUGAAGAGUGAAUUUAAAAGAAUUACCAUCCCUAAUCCCAGCCAAGCUGCAAGAGAAGAGCUGCUGAAGCCAGGGAUGGCUGAUACAUUGGCGUUACAUGGAGGUGAUGACAACAUUAGUAAGAGCAAACGGAUCCUGAUAGCCAUGUCGAGGAGGAUGGACAGGAACAAGUGGAUAAUCGGUGGGAUUAUCGUAGCUCUGGUUCUGGCAACUUUUUUGAUCCUGUAUUUUAAGCUCGCCCAUUGAAGUGUAUCGCAUGGACCUGCUCAACUUGUGGUCAACGUCUUUGUGAAAUAAUGAAGUUUACCGGAUCUCUCUUAUUCUGCAAUAUAAUUAAUUCCAUUACUCCUACCAUUUCAUUUACCUUGCUGCCUGCUGCAUCCAAUCGGCAAUGUUCAAGCACUUUGUACUAUGCAUCAUUGAGCAAGGAGAGCUGUAUAUGGACGAGGGUAAACACUGUUUUUGAUCGAGUAAUUUGUAUUAUUGCACUGGCCAUGUAUUAUAAUACACAGUAAUGUCUGUCUUUGAUUUUUUUAUUAUUUUAUUGUGAUACUCAAGCAUAUGCAUG